AUGAGGCUGGUUCCCCCGGAAGUCCUGCACAUGAUUUAUCGUGCUCGACCGAUCAUCACCAAAGUCCUCCACCAACGGUCCGUCAUUCGUUUGACCAUCGACUCGCGGGGAAUCAAGAAAGUCGAAAACCUGCCUGAGCGUCCUCGCUUCCAAAGAUGGCGCACCAAUGGCCUCGUUUUCGUCAUUCUGGACCAUACAUGCCUCGAAGGCGUCAUGGCACAUUUCAAGUUUGGACUCUUGCGCUUGGAGUUGCCCAAAGGCUGCCACGGGCUCCAGACUUGGGAUACGCCAACGCCCCCCGACUUGGGACAAUGCGUUUUCUAUCCAGCAGCCAUCACCAGCUCCACCCAGUUCAGAACGAUCAACUUGAGCGAGACGACUGGCAUCACCUUCUUCUUCAGCUAUGGCGAGAUUUAUGCCAUCCAUGCUCAUACAUGGGAAGCGCCUUGUGCCCACUCGACAUAUCGACGCUUGUCUCGCCGACGCCAACAAUCAAUCAUCUGGGUUUAUGUCCCGAUUUCGCAAAAAGAUAGCAUCUCUGCUCUGGGUGCGCGAAUGUCACCCUCCGACGGGAGCCCCUUUUCAAGCACCUGCCUGCUUGUGAGUCUUGUUCGCCGCAAAACUUCCCAUGCCAUCAAAGACUGA